CAAGGAGCAAAGGGGAGUGUGGCUGUAUGUCGUCUGCGUCUGGUGCGGUUCGUCGUGUGGACAAGAGUACGGUCCGCCAGAUAUGCAGCCACCAGGUAGUCAUCGACCUUAAAGGAUGCGUCAAGGAACUCGUCGAAAACAGCCUCGAUGCUGGCAGCACAGAUAUCGGUAACCACAUGGUAGCGGACGGACGUCAAUGAAUGAAUGAAUGGGUGUUUGGUGUGGUUGUGUUUGUCACGUUGGUUCAUUCAUUCACUCAUGCGUAUGCAUCGUCUGUCUGUCAGAGGUUCGUUUGGUGGACAGCGGUUUGGAUACGAUAGAGGUCAAGGACAACGGCUGCGGCAUCGCACCCAACAACUAUGAAUCCAUCGGUGCGGUGAACCAACCAAAGGCGGCCAUGCUCACAGAAUCCACCGUGUGUGUGUGUGUGGAUGUGUGUGUGUGCAGUGGCUCCGCACAGCACGUCAAAGAUCCGCGCGUUCGAAGACAUCCACUCCAAACUGUCCACUCUCGGGUUCAGGGUGAGUGCGUCACUCAGCCAGCCAUGGGUGCGGUGCCCUGCGGUGCCUCCUUCCAUCCAUCUCCCUCUCCCUCUCCCCGUGUGUAUGCGAUGCGUGUUGUGUUGUAUGUGUUAGGGUGAGGCGUUGAGUGCUUUGUGCACCAUGUCUGACCUGAGGGUGUGCACCAGGCGGGCUGAGGACAACACGGGAGUCAUGCUGCAAUACGACAAAGACUGCAACCUCAUCAACCAGACCAUACAAGCUAGAGAGGUGAGUAGGGAGGUAGGUAUGUAUGUCAGUCGACAUACCGAGGGCAGGCAGCUGACACGGCAGGCCGGCCGGGACACCCGUGCCGUGGGUGCGUCCAUCCGACUGUGUGUGUCAGGUUGGUACGACAGUGUGUGUGAGUCAGCUGUUCCACGGCCUGCCGGUGCGCCAUCGUGAGUUCCAGAAGACCAUCAAGCAGCAGCUGGCCGCCAUGCUCUCACUGCUGCAAGCAUACGCCAUCCGACAGGGCAAUUGCAGAUUCACAUGCACAAAUGAAACCCCAAGGUAGGUAGGUAUCCAUGGCAUGGCCGGGCCGCACACCACCUACUCUACUCACGCACUACCGACAACCGAGCAGACAACGCACGCACCCCGUUGUUGGUUGCCACAGGGAGCGUCGCAAGACGAGCACUUUGCUGGCCACGUCGGGCAGGUCUUCAUCGCUUCGCAGUGGUGCCAGCACCGUCCUGGGCUACAAAGUCACCAACGACCUUGUCGACUUCGAAAUUGCACACGCGGGGGGUGGGGCAGCCGACAGCAGCCAGGCGGGGGGCUCAUCACACACUAACAACAGAACGGCACACCCGCCGUGGAAGUAAGGGCCACACACAGACACACACACACGCAGGCAGGCAGACAGGCAGACAGACAAGCGCGGGCGAGAGAGAGUUGCCUGUGGAUCCGUGUGUGCAUGGCUGCGUGUGGUGUCUGUCCAGGUGUGUGGGGUUGGUAUCUGCAGCCCAGAAGGGUCGUCGGACACAUGACAUACAGUUCUUCUUUGUCAACGGGCGACCCGUAGACACCCCCAAACGAAUCGCCAGGUGGGUUGGUGGGCAUAAUGGCACGCACCGCACUGCAGCCGCCACACACACCCUCCGUCCAUCCGUGUACGUGUGUGUCCUGUCCUGUAUGGUGUGUAUUGUAUGUGUGUACCUAUCUCUCUCUCUCCAAGGUGUCUGAAUGACGUGUACCGCCAGUCGACGUGCAAGUCCUGGCCCGCCUACGUGCUCGACUUCCAAAUCGACAACGGUACACAUCAAGACAAGCUUGAUGCUCUCACUAGAUGAGAUGCGAUGCUGUGUUGACUGCCCGCUCUGUCUAUCUGUGUGGUGUGCAGAUGCUGUGGAUGUCAAUGUGACGCCAGACAAGAGGACCAUCCUGCUGCAGAACGAACAAGCAAUCGCCGAUGCGCUGGGGGUUCGUGCGGGGGACGCACUCGUUCGCGGGACAGACAGACAUACAGACAUCUUUUCCAUCAACUACUACUUGUUUGUUCUGUGUACAGGCCGGGUAUGAGCGCAUCUUGCAGCCGUCUGCAUCGUCAUAUGAGGCCAGCAGUCUGGCCGGCGGCGCGGCACCACCCUCCAUCCGCGAUUACUUCAAGAGCCAACAGCCGCGGCAGGAACGGCCGCUGCCCCCACAGAAACAGGAGCCGAUGGUGCUGGACGACGGGGACCACAAUAUGGGGGAGCAACAGGGGCCGGGGGAGCCACCACCAGCAGCGCCGGACGCGGGUGUGGCUGGUGAGGCGGCUCAUGACAUGGGGGCUGAGGCGGGUCAGCACCAAGAGGACGAUAGUGCCACAGAGGAGGAGAAGAGCGACCAGGAUGUCGGCCCGUCGCCACCACGGGUGUCUGACCGUUCGGCUAAGGCCCCUCCCCCCCGUGCUGCGCGACGGCCACCCAGCGACAUGAUGCAGUCAGCGGGGUGGCAGAAGCGGGUCAAGGUGGAGGAGGGGGAGGAAGAGGGCCACGGGGAGGAGCGCAGCGAGGCAGACCCACGGUCAGAGAAUCGACACGGCAGGAGAGGUCCCCCAUCUGCUCCGCAACAAUCGGCAUCGGCGAUGGGCGACCGCCCUGUGGGUGGAUCAGCGGCUGAUGCAUCCUUACCAAUGUCACAAGUGUCUGAGGAUCGGGAUGACCAGCGCCAUGUGCGUGUGUCCUCUCCCUCGCUGGCCGUGAGGCGGCGAGUGCAUCAGCGAGGCAAUGCCAUGCUGACAGAGUUCACCCUGCAGGCACCGUCGGACGGCGUGUCAGCUGCCAGGAGCUUCCGCGUCUCUGAGUGGGCCCCCAGCAGCUCUGGUGGCGGCUCACGAGAGCAGUCGGGAGCGCCGUUGGUGUCGGUCAAGGAGGAGGGAUGUUGUGGGGAUGACGGCGACGAGCUGCGGGCCAGCAGUGUCAAGACAGUGGUUGGAAAUUCCGGCCAGCAGGUCAAGGUCACCACAUUCGAACCCUCCCCGACUGUGCCAUGUCACCCCAAACCACAUCCCUCAGUGGCAGCAGCAGCUGCUGUUGCGGGUGUUGGUGUUGGUGGUUACAUUGAGGAUGCUGAUAUCGACAUGGGUGAGGGGCCCGCCGCUGCCACGAGUAGUGCUAGUGGAGCCAUGGGGAGGAAGAGGCGGAAGGCAGGGAGCCAAGAGGUGCCUGUGGCCGGUCUGGAGCAGCAGAGGGGCGGUAAGGGUGGCCGUGGGGUCUGGGCCCCGGAUGGUGACAUAGAGAUAGUGGAGGGCGAUGCCGAUCUGGACAUGGCCAUUGCCGAGGGGGCGGGCGGUGCAGGUGAUGAAGGUGCGGGUGAGGGCCAAGGUUCCGACGGCGGCGGGCGACGCGACGCAAUGGAGGUGGAGGCAAGACCGCCCACCAAUGGCGACAGCCAGAACUGCCUGGGCGUCGACUUGAGCCAGCUGAGAGACAGAUGGCGUCGACGGUGCGGCGGGGACACACAUGUCGAUGGUGCCACUGCGUGUCCUGGCGGCAUCCAGCCGCAAGACGACGGCGGUUCAGCUGAUGCGUCAUCGAUGUCGUUCCCUGCUGCCUUCUCGCUGAGCUCUAGAUGCGAGCCGCAGAGCAUCGCCGCUGUGGAGUCGUCGACCAUCAAGUUCGACAAGGACUGGUUCACCAAGAUGCGGGUGUGCGGCCAGUUCAACAUGGGCUUCAUCAUCGCAUCGCUGCCCGACGCCCACACACAUGCGCAUGCCCACCCCACCCACCAGCCGCCCAACAGCAGCCACAGCGGGGGGGAGGGGGAGGGGGGUGACACCACUCAGUCGCUCUUCAUCAUCGACCAACACGCCAGCGACGAGAAGGCCAGGUGAGUGGGUGACGAGCCACACACAGAGAUGAAUGAAUGAAUGAAUGAAUACUGUAGAUACCACGUGUUGUGUUGUGCGUUCGUCGGUCGGUUUGUGUCGUGUUGUUAUGCUGUCUGUCAUGUGCAGGUUUGAGCACCUGAAUCAGCAUUCCUCCAUCCAGUCGCAGCCUUUGAUCCACCCACUGCAGCUUCAUCUCACCCCCGCACAGGAACAGGUGGGUGGGUGGGGGGGACGGACGCGAAUCGAAUGCAUUCAUGCCAGCCAUGCACCCACCAUUUAGCCGCCCCACCCACCCAGCCACCCACCCACCCCUCAUUCAUUCGUUAAUUGGACCAGACCCACCCUCAUCCACUUUGUCCAUCGAUGUGAUGUGUUUCCUGUCAUGCACUGCACUGCAGGUGGUGGAGGACCACCUGGAGGUGUUCCGGAUGAACGGGUUUGGCGUGUCCUUUGACCCUGAUCAAGUGGCUGGUCGCCGUGUGCUGGUGCGGUCCAUCCCACACACACACAACAAGGCCCUGGGCGAGGAGGACUUCAUCGCACUCGUGCACCAGCUAUACGAACACCCGUGGAAGCCCCCCAAACACAACGACACAACCGCACCCACUGGCGGGGCGGGGAGCCGAGACACAUGGGGCACUCUGCUGGCCGGUGUGCCACGGCCCAAACGAGUCUGGGACGUGCUGGCAUCAAAGUACGUACGUGGGCAAACUGACCCCCAGCAAGCCAGCCACACUACGGUGGAGAAGCAGGGAGUGAUGGUCUGUCUGUCUGUCUGUCUGUCUUGUGUGUUGUCUUGAUGUCCUUUCUGUGUGUCAGGGCGUGUCGUUCUGCGGUGAUGAUAGGGAAGGGUCUGAAUGUCUAUGAGAUGUCCCAGCUGGUGAGCCGCAUGUCCACCCUCCAGCAGCCAUGGAACUGUCCCCAUGGCCGGCCCACCAUGCGGCACCUCAUCCACACCACUGGAGCCACCACAGCACAAGACCACCACCACAUCGCCCCGGCCGACGACCAGGGACACGCAGACCAGCGAUUCAUCGGACGUGUGUUCGUGUAGCCGCCCAGCCAGACGAUAGAUACCUAGCGGCCGGUCAGUCAACUGAUAUCAGUUGGUUGAUUCAUUGAUUGACCUUGUCGUCGACGCAUCCAUUGAGUGAGUUCUGACGAUACACACUUGUACAUUCAGAUGGAUGUAUGCUUGGACAAGCUUAAGCUGGUGGGUGGAGUGUGUGAGACAUUCAUUCAUUCAUUCAUGCGUACAUACACACAAACAAGCCGUGAGGC